AUGCCGCCUGUCCAGUUCGGAGGAGAACUAGCUGCUGCCUUGCCUUCCGGGACCUCGUUUGCUGAGGAGGGACUUACAGACUCCACUGGUGUUUUGCUGUUGCUCAUUCCAUGCAUCUUUGGCAGCUCUUUUCUUCUGCUCAGACCCUUCCCCGUGCUCAGACAGUGCACCGCUGUCCCAUCUAAAGAAACCUGUCAGGAAUACGAGCUUUUGGACCCAGUUCUCACUCUGUCGCCCAGGCUGGAGUGCAAUGGUGCGAUCUCGGCUCACUGCAACCUCUGCCUCCCGGGCUCAAGUGAUACUUGUGCUUCAGCCUUCUCCCUAGUAGCUGGGACUACAGGUGCAUGCCACCAAGCCCGGCUAAUUUUUGUAUUUUUAGUAGAGACGAGGUUUUACCAUGUUGGCCAGGCUGUUCUCAAACUCCUGACCUCAAGUGAUCCACCCACCUCAGCCUCCCAAAGUGCUAGGAUUACAGGUGUGAGCCACCGUGCCCAGCUGAUGGGACCCCAAAUCUUAUGUCCAGACCCCAGGGUCUGAAUUCAUAUUUAACUA